UGAGUCGCUCUUAACCGUCCCGCGGGCGAGCGGAGCCGCGUGCUCUGGACGCGCGCCUCCACCGUGGAUUCUAUAGGUAGAUCCAACACGCACCGGUCAAGAUAUGAUAAAAUCACUGCAUCGCGAGAAUAAAGUUAAAAGCGUCUCCUGCUUUGCUGGUCGGCCGAGGUGGUCAGGGCUUGACCUGGGGCCCCUCUGAGCAGCGGGAGGAGAUGGAAGGGCCGCCACGGUUUGAGUGCCCCUUGUGGUGCAUGCUGUGCCGCGGUGGGAAAGCCUGGCUGCGCCAGCUGUGCCAGGGGGCAGGUGACGUGCUGCGGCUGCCUAACAGUCUGCUGAGCGCCAAGCUCCCUCAGCUCUGCGACAUCCACCAGGUGCCCAAGGUGUUCCAGGAAGAUGGCAUCACCUCUGGCUAUCGCCACCCCCGCAGCUCUGCCCUGGACUGCGUUCUCAGCAGCUUCCAGAUGACCAAUGAGACUGUCAACAUCUGGACCCAUUUCCUGGCUACCUGGUACUUCCUGUGGCGGUUCGGCAUGCUCUGGUGCUCUGUGGACUUUGUGUCAGAGAGCUACAACUGGCCCCUGCUGGUAUACAUGCUGCUCAUCUGCCUGUACCCCUUCACCUCCAGCUGCGCCCAUACCUUUAGCACCAUGUCCCCCGAAGCACGCCACAUCUGCUUCUUCUUUGAUUACGGUGCCAUCAGCCUCUACAGCCUGGGAUGUGCCAUCACCUACGCCUCCUACGUGAUGCCGAACUGCUGGGUGAACAGCUGGCUGCACCAGCACUUCGUGCCUUUCGCCGUUUUUAACACGCUGGUGUGCACCGGCCUCUCCUGCUACUCCAGGUUCCUUGAAAUGCCCUUCCCGCGUAGGAGUAAAAUCUUGAGGACAGCAGCGUUUGUGUAUCCCUUUAUCUUCGACAACAUCCCUCUAUUCCACAGAUUGGCGCUGUGCUGCGAAGAAGACGGCUGUAAUCCCGGCGAAGCCCUGUCCACCCACUGCUGUCACCUGAUCUUCGCCUUCCUCACCUGCUUCCUGUUUGCUUCCCACCUUCCGGAGAGACUGGCCCCGGGGCGUUUCGACUACAUCGGUCACAGUCACCAGCUCUUCCACGUCUGCGCUGUAGUGGGCACGCACUUUCAGAUGGAGGCGCUGCUCACGGACAUGACAUCGCGCAGCGCCUGGAUGGCUGCCAACGCUGCCGUUCCAUCCCUGCCGGGCACCGUGGGUGCCCUGGCGCUCGGCGUUGCGUUGAACCUGGGCAUCAUUGCCGCCUUCAGCGCCAUCCUCCUACGGGCGCCCCGUCGCAGACCCGCAAGCCACGACGCCAAGGCGGAGCCCUCCCCGGAGCUAAAGGAACAGUGAAGAUGUCUACGCAUGUUUAACCCUUGGCUAACUUGUGCUCUUCUCUUGGGUUGUCACACUCAUAAUCGUGCUUCUCCACCUGCCUCUAGUCAAGUGCAGCCUUUAGGAAGACCUGGAAUUUCACCGUCUACUUUAUUCCCAACAAGGAGCUUGACAGCUGCAACUUCCAAAAAGUUCCUUUUCCUGCUUUUUGUUUGAAGCUACAAAAGGCGGCCUUUAUUUAAGCAAUAGCUUCUAGUUUUGUGCUUACUUUGUCAUGAGCUGAAGACCCAGUGACGCUCCCAGUAUUCAGUCUCUGCUUCUUCUCCUCGCAAAUUCCAGCGCAGCUUUGAUUUUAUUUCAUUUUACUGCUCAUUAAGACUGAGUUAUUACUCGGGUUGAAUGAUGCUCUUUAGAAGUUCAGCGCGGAACGUAAUGUUUAAAAGCUGCCCGGUGCAACUCUUCUUUUCUGGUUCGGUCAGUAUCGGGUCAGUGGUCCAUGGCUGCGGUGUAUUUGUGACCCAGACCAAUAGAGUGAAGAAUAUCUUUUGCCAGGGCUGUUAAUGCCUAUUAAAGUAUCAGCGUCAGUUAACGCAAUUGAUCUUUUGCUAUUUUUAUUGCCUUGUGCCUUUAUUAAUGUGGUUAAGCAAAACCAAGUCUAGACAAUGAUUCUGAGGUUUUUUUUUUUAAAUUAAGCAAUAAGUAACGUGACGGGAAUAAGGUAACCCACUGAACUAACUGGACUCUUCGUCAUUUAGCGUAGUACUUUUAUUACUCUUUAUCGUUAUACUUCUAUGUUUUCCUGAGACCUUUAUUCGAGGCAAGAUUAUCCGGAUUAUUAUCUUUUGCAUGGUCUGCUCAUCUUGCCAUUUCGUGUUCACUGAUAUUUCAGCACUUUCAGCAUUACUUU